AUGUCCAGUUUCGCCGAAUCGAAACUAGCUGCCACGCCUCUGGCGCAGCUAUACUCUUACGUUCCCAGCUCUAUUGUCAACCUGACCGUUAUGAUGACCGUCUUCAUGACUCUUGUUGGUCUCGCGGCUGCCGUCAGUCAGAAGGUGCGCGACGUUUUCGUCUUCAGCUACACUUGCUUCCUCCAACCUCUUGGCAAGACCAGCACCCAGGCCGAGCGCCUCGAUCGCUUCUACCAAAACCAAGCAACAGUCUACGACUCAACACGCUGCGGCCUUCUCAAGGGUCGCACCACCAUGCUCAAGCUCUGUGCAGCACAGCUCCGGGACAUGCAGGCCUCCAAUCCCGGCAAACCACUUGUUUGGGUCGACAUUGGAGGUGGAACUGGCUGGAACAUCGAGCAAAUGAACAAGUUCUUCCCAAUCAAAGAGCUUUCGCAAGUUUAUCUCAUCGACCUUUGUGAGCCCCUGCUCCAAGUUGCACGCAAGCGCUUCGCCGCCAAGGGCUUCAAGAACGUUCAGGUCCUUUGUCAAGAUGCUAGUCAGUUCGCCAUGCCUGGUCUCGCUUCCCGCCAGAAAGUGGACCUCUUCACCUGCAGCUACUCGAUCUCCAUGAUUCCGCCUUUCUACGCCGUGCUUGACCGCAUCAACGACUUUCUCGACCCUGUCACUGGUGUCUUCGGUGUCGUCGACUUUUAUGUCUCCGGCAAGAACGUUCCCACCGAGAAGAGUCCCCUCUUUGGCGGUGACACCCGACGCCAAUGCGGUUGGCUCAGCCGUUGGUUCUGGAGCAUGUGGUUCUCUCUUGAUCACAUCGAGCUUCACCCUGCUCGCCGAGACUAUCUCGAGCACAAGUUUGGUACGGUCAAGUGCUACAACGGCCGCAACAACUUUAUCAUUCCCUUCAUCGUGCGCAUUCCCUACUACAUCUGGCUCGGUGUCUCGCGUGAACGCGACACUAACAGGGCGAUCCAGGCUUUCGAGGUCGAGUCAGGCAACCGCAUUGUCGUACCUCCUUCCUUUCCCGAGCUCGCCUACACGCACGGCGAUGACUCUACCGCAAACAACGCCAGCGCUACCAGCACUGGACACGAUGCCAUCGACCAGUUCGACACGACUCGGAGUCUUCUCCGACGCAGAGUCUCGGAGGCGACUACCGAAAGCGAUGCCGACUCUGACAGCCCCCUCAAGCUCGAGCUCGGACCUCACUUCCCUUUGAGCUCUUUCCACUACCAAAAGCGACAGUGGCGUCUCCCCUACGUCGACAACGAGUUCAGCGACAUGUUCCGCACCUGGAUAUAUGGUUUCACCUGGGAGGACCCCUACGUUGAUAUGCAGCACCUUGACCUUGGAAGAGACGACUCGAUCCUUUGUAUCACAUCGGCUGGAGACAACACAUUGCACUACGCAGUUGCAGGAAAGCCCCGCAGGAUUCAUGCCGUCGACAUGAACCCUUGCCAGGGCCACCUUCUUGAACUAAAGCUUGCUUGCAUUACAUCAUUGUCGUACGACGAGAUGUGGCAGAUGUUCGGCGAAGGCCGCAUCGACAACUUUCGUGAGCUCCUCGACAGCAAGGUCUCGCCUUACCUCUCCUCGCAUGCCUACCAGUUCUGGAGGCUCAACACUCGCGCCUUUGACAAGGCCUUCUACUUCCGUGGCUACUCUGGUCACGCCUUGAGACUGGCAAAGUUCGCUUUCACAGUCACUGGCGUUCGUCGAUGGGUCGAGAAAAUGUGUCAGGCCAACUCAGUCGAAGAGCAACAGGACGUCUGGAACAAGAAGCUCCGCUCUACCCUCAUCAACAAGCCGCUCAUCCGGCUGUUCCUCUCCAAUCCUGCCUUUUUGUGGAAUGCGCUUGGUGUUCCCAUGAACCAAUACCAAAUCUUCUUGAACGAGGGUGUCUCAGCAGAGCAAUUCGCCAUCGACACUCUUGACUCGAUCUCAAGUCGCAGCUUGAUCAAGAACGAUAACUACCACUAUCAGCUUUGCCUCAUGCAAAAGUACACCAAGCAGAGCUGUCCGCUCUACCUCAAGCCAGAUGGCUUCUCCGCGCUCAAGAAGCAGGCUCUAGAGGAAGGUCUCGACUCUUUCCGUCUCCACACAGAUUCCAUUGUCAACGUCCUCCGUGGAUUCGAGGACGGCGCGCUCACACGAGCUAUCACCAUGGACCACAUGGACUGGUUCGACCCUGUCCCAGCUGAACAACUGGCCCCUACAGUUAAGCAGGCACGUAAUGACUCGGACAAGACAGUCUCGGAUCUUGACAGAGAGAUCUGCGAGCUUUCGCGUGUCGUUCGUGCCGGCGGUUCUGUCUUCUAUCGAAGUGCUGCCAAGAAGCCUUGGUACAACCAGAGGUUCGAGAAGAUGGGCUUCAAGGUCGAGCCUGUCCACCUUCGUGAGACUGGCAAGCCUAUCGACAACGUUAACAUGUAUGCCAGCUUCUACAAGGCCACAAGAUUGUGA